UUCUCUUUCUUCCCCCAUUAACCAUUCUCUCUCUCUCUCUCUCUCUCUCUCUCUCUUCUUUUCCUUUCCUGGCCUUAUUAUUUGUCCUUGUUUUCGUCCACUUUCUUAUGAAAAAGGCCGCCACUGCUGGGAUUACCUGGUUUUUCUUUAGAGAGAGAAAGAGAAGGGAGGAGAGGGCAGUGAGAGAGAGAAGGGAGGAGAGGGUAGUGAGAGAGAGAAAGGAAGUAGAGUUUUUAGAGAGAGAAUGGCAGGAGAGAGAGAAGGAUCAGGGUUGGAGGAAGGGCUUGUGUCGAGAGAGAAGCAACCGCACAUGGAGAAGCAUUUCAGAGCGGGGGAGGUGGUGAGGGACGUUAUAAUGGGGGUUUCCGACGGCCUCACCGUGCCCUUUGCGUUGGCCGCCGGUCUCUCAGCCGCCAAUGCUCCCUCUUCCAUUAUCCUCACAGCCGGACUCGCUGAGAUAGCUGCAGGCGCCAUCUCCAUGGGGCUCGGCGGGUACCUUGCAGCAAAGAGUGAAGCCGAUCAUUACAAUCGUGAAUUGAAAAGGGAGCAAGAGGAAAUUAUAAAUGUCCCAGAAACAGAAGCCGCAGAGAUUGCAGAUAUAUUGUCUGAGUACGGGCUUGAACCAGAUGAGUAUAGACCGGUUGUUGAUGCCCUUCGGAAAAAUCCACAAGCAUGGCUUGAAUUCAUGAUGAAGUUCGAGUUAGGCUUGGAGAAACCGGAACCAAGAAGAGCAGUAGAGAGUGCCAUCACCAUUGCAUUGGCCUACAUAGUCGGUGGCCUAGUUCCCCUUCUCCCUUACUUCUUCAUCCGUGCUGCAAAGGAUGCCAUGCUUGCCUCAGUAGCUGUUACCCUAAUCGCACUCAUCUUCUUCGGCUACGUGAAGGGAAGGCUUACGGGAAACACCCCCAUACGCUCCGCCCUGCAAACCGCUUUGAUAGGGGCUGCAGCCUCGGCUGCAGCUUUUUCCAUAGCUCGAAUUGUGCAACCACAGUCCUGAAUACAUUGGGGUGUUAAGUUAGAAUUUGAAUCAAAGAAUAAGUAAAAGUGGGGAUUAGGAGGGUGAAGGUGAUAUGAGAUCAAGAUCCUGGACAAGUGCAUUCGUAUUGGCAAGCUGGGGCAUGAACAAAGCUAGCUUCAGUUUCCACCAGUGUUUAGGACAAGCUCCAUGAGCUAGUUUCCAUUAUAUAUUUUGAGGAAUGUUACUGUGAUGUAAAUUUAUGGUUGCUUAGUGAAAUUGUUUUCAUCGUUGUUUUUCA